AUGGGGUUGGAAGCAACCAUGAUUAUCGUUGAUAACAGCGAACCUAGCAGGAAUGGCGACUAUACUGCCACCCGAUGGCAAGCCCAGAUCGAUGCUGUCGGCGUAAUACACAACACGAAGAUGCGAGCGCACCCUCAAUCUGCCGUCGGUCUCAUGAGCAUGGGUGGGAAUGGACCCGAAGUUCUCUCGACUUUCACAACCGACUUUGGUAAGAUCCUGUCGGGACUACACCGAACGAAGAUUCACGGCAAACCUCACCUCGCAUCGACUAUACAGGUCGCUGGCCUGGCCCUGAAGCAUCGCUCUGAGAAAUCCCAAAGGCAACGGAUUAUCGUCUUCUCGUGCGCACCGGUCACCGAAGACGAGAAGGCACUUGUGAAGCUGGCAAAGAGGAUGAAAAAGAACAAUGUCUCUAUUGACAUAAUCGCAUUCGGAGAUUUGGAUUCAGACACGACCAAGAAACUAGAGGCGUUCGUUGAAAACGUGAAGGGAGGCGAUGGCUCAAACCUGGCCAUCAUUCCACCAGGCCCCAAUCUGCUUAGCGAAGAACUGCAGGUCACACCCAUUCUAGGCGGCGAGCCUGGUGGUGCCGGUGGCGGUGAAGCUGCAGAAGGUGAAGGAUUCGGCUUUGAGGAUGCUGCGGAGAAUGAUCCCGAGCUGGCCUUUGCUCUGCGGUUAUCGCUCGAGGAAGAGAAGAACAGACAGGAGAAGGAGAAGCGGGAGCGCGAGGAGCAAGAAGGCAAGGCCUCGUUGGAGAACAUUCCGGAAGAGGCCAAAGAUGGUGGGGAGUCGUCCAACGAAAAGGACGACAAAAUGGAUACGGCAUGA